CAUCAUCGAAUCAAAGGCAGUGUAUAAUUUAAUUAGCCUAUCCUUUUCUUCUUCAAUUAAAAACCCAAACUAGAAAAUGACUAGUCGUGCUUUGGUGCCUGCACCACCUCGUAUGAGGCCUCCUCAUCCGCGCCCAGUUUUCUCAAUGUCGGAUGAUCAUGCUAUGUCAAAGAAAAUUCUUGAUACUCAUAAUCCUGAUGGUCGCGACGUUGAUGUUAAACUCAUCCUCGAUAUUGCUGAGGAGAUUUUUCAACAUUCCUAUUCUGCUGGCAUUGAUGGUGUCCUACAUGGCACUCCUGACCAUCAUGAAGCCAAUAGUGAAGCAUUGAAGUUAGAAGAAAAGGCAUCACUUGCCUUUGAGGGCAUCCUCGAAGGAUUGGCUUAUGUCCUACACAGAGUCUCUUGCGAGUUGACAUGCAAGUGCUCUGGUGGAGGUGAUAGCCAUCCAACAACAAUGUCAAUCUUAGCUAUGCUCUCUGGCUACCAAUGGGACGCAAAACUAGUGCUAUCCUUAGCAGCAUUUGCCAUUACCUAUGGUGAAUUCUGGCUUGUAGCUCAGAUGUUUGCUACUCAUCCUUUGGCCAAAUCUGUAGCCCUCUUGAAACAGCUACCAGACAUCAUGGAACACCAUGGUAGCCUCAGGUCCCGAUUUGACGCCAUCAACGAACUCAUCAAGGCCAUUUUGGAAGUAACCAAAUGCAUCAUCGAAUUCAAGAAGCUUCCUUCUCAGUACAUCUCUGAAGAUCAACCACCUUUGUCUGUCGCGAUUACUCACAUUCCUACUGCUGUUUAUUGGACCAUUAAAAGUAUUGUUGCUUGUGCUUCUCAACUUACUAGCUUUCUUGGAAUGAGCUAUGAGCUGAUAGCAGCUACCACAGCAGACACAUGGGAAAUGUCAAGCUCAACACACAAGCUGAGAAGCAUAAGCGAUCACCUCAGAGCUGAAUUAGACCGUUGCUAUCAGCAUAUUCAGGAAAAGAUGCACGUUGAGUACUAUCAGAUGCUGGUGCACCUCUUCGAGACAACACAAUUCGACAACAUGAAGAUUAACAGGGCCAUGAUUUACAUCAAGGAUGAUUUACUUCCACUUGAAAUAGGAACCACUAACACGAGGACGAGUAUUGAAGUGCUGAGAAGAAAGACUGUUCUGCUUCUGCUGUCAGAUCUUGACGCAACCCCUGACGAGAUAUUAGUGUUGUCCCAAUUUUACAAUGAUUCGAGGGCAAGGCAAGAAUUUCAAUACGAAAUAGUGUGGAUUCCGAUUGUGGAUCGAUCUAAGGAAUGGAGUGAAGAGCAUGAACUUAAAUUUAAGAAGCUACAAGCACUUAUGCCGUGGUACACGUUGCAUCAUCCUUCCUUGUUAGAGCCAGCAAUCGUCAAGUUCGUCAAAGAAAAAUGGCAUUUCUCCAAGAGAAUGAUGCUUGUAACAUUGGAUCCCCAACAGGGCAAAGUUGCCUGUCCAAAUGCUAUUCACAUGGCUUGGAUUUGGGGAAAUUUGGCCUAUCCCUUUACUAUUUCCAAACAGGAAGCUCUGUGGAGUGUGGAAUCUUGGAGACUUGAGCUCAUCGUCGAUGGCAUUGAUCAGAAUUUAAUCGAAUGGAUGACGAGUGGUAAGUAUAUCUGUUUAUAUGGAGGAGAAGACAUCGAAUGGAUCCGUAAUUUCACAAAAUCGGCACGAAGCGUGGCACAGAGAGCUGGGAUCAACCUACAAAUGAUCUAUGUAGGAAAAGGCAACAACAAGGAGAGAGUUAGAAAGAUCAGCGAAAUGAUAACCAAGGAAAAUCUGAGCUAUUGCUUGAUGGACUUAACAUCAGUUUGGUACUUCUGGACAAGAAUUGAGAGUAUGUUCUACUCUAAAAUGCAGCUGGGGAAAACCAUCCAAGAGGAUAAAAUUAUGCAAGAAGUGUCGACAAUGCUGAGCUUCGACGGAAGUGAUCAAGGGUGGGCCCUUAUAAGCAGAGGAUCGUUCGAGAUGGCACGAGCCAAAAGCAAUGUCAUCACCCAGACAUUGAAUGAGUACCCUGAUUGGGAAGAAGAUGCUAGAGAAAAAGGAUUUGUGCCUGCACUUAUUGAUUAUUUCAUGAAAUUGCACACUCCUCAGCAUUGCAAUCGCCUAAUUCUUCCGGGACUUGAUGGUGAUAUUCCUGAAAUGAUAGUGUGUGCUGAAUGCGGAAGGCCUAUGGAGAGGUUCUUCAUGUACCGUUGCUGCAAUGACUGAGGGGUUGUUUCUGUGCAAUCUAUUGCUUGAUAUAAUGUGCGGUUCUAGUUUAUAUGUUUUUGUUGUCCAAAAUAAUAGGUGGUCUUUGGUACCACUUUUUCCUUUUACUGUGCAAGUCAUAUGUUGUUAUGUAAUUGUCUGGCUAUCGAAGGAUGUCUUUGAUCAGCUUCAGACUACUAUUGAGUGUGAAAUAAUUUAUAGGUAAUGAAAUCGAGGCACGUCUUUUUUUUUGUUA